AUGAAUGCGGUAAAGAAGGCGCUACGAAACAUAGAGCAGAACUACAAGCUCUUCCUGCAGCAGCAGUUUACGUUUGUCGGAGCACUGCAGCACACCCGAGAGAACGCACACGACACCAUCAGACCUGUGGCAAGCAUCAGCCAGGUACAGUCCUACAUGGACCAUCACUGUAACAAUUCCACGGACAGGCGUAUCCUCAACAUGUUCCUGAACAUCUGCAGUGAUCUAAGCGAGCUCUGCCACAAGCUGGAAACGGCGCAUUCUGGUAACGACGUAACCAGCAGCAUUUUGGAGAAGUGCAAGCUGCUCCUCAGCCACAGCAAUGACCUGAGCGCCAUCCGGGCCACAUAUCCCCAUGACGUUGUGAACCACCUGAGCUGUGAUGAAGCAAGGAAUCAUUAUGGAGGUGUGGUGAGCCUCAUCCCCGUCGUUCUAGACUGCAUGAAGGAGUGGGUAAACCACGCUGAGAAGCUGCCACAGCACGCGCUGCGUAACGUUCUCACGCCUACACACAGCUCAGAACCGCUGACCGUGCUGUCAGAGCUAGAGACGUAA